GGGAACUGGUCAACUGGUCAGUGAUCGAAAAGAAAACAAUACUGUGUUGCUGUGUUGUAUUAAUUUGUGCAUUGAUGAUGAGUUAUUACCAUAGUUUUGUUUCGAGAAAUUAGAUUAAGCCAAACAACUAAAUAGUAGAAGUAGAAUAGAACAUUGUUACAAAGUAGUGAAAUAUUAAUUUCAAUUGAUUAUUUUUUAACUUGAGUGGUGUUAUGUGACCACAAAAUUGCAAAACAACUAUAGUUGGAACAUUGGAAUUAUUUUAUUCUACAGUGGUAUUAUUGUAUAAAAAUGAAUAUAUUAGAAGAAAGAGAACUUGUACAAUAUGGAUUUCGAUCUGCAAAACGAUACGAUCUAGCAAUAAAAAUGCUCAAAUCUUACAAAUGGGAUGAAUUUAGAAGUCUCUCUUCAGCCCAAGAUACAGUUGGAGAGCCUCCAGUGUUUGCCUGCCGUUUCUGUAAAAUACCGGGAUUCGAGCAUCUUUUAGCCCUAGCCAAUGAAGAUGGUAAAAUCGGGAUUCAAGAUACCAAAUCAGAGUAUAAAGAAAGAUCUGUAGAUAACAUAACAUGCACCCAAGGACAUAUGAACGCAAUAUUCGAUUUGUCAUGGUCGGACAGCAGCCUGCGGCUGGUGUCUGUGUCUGGAGAUCACACGGCCAUGCUGUGGGACGUCUCUGCUAGCACUGUGGCACCUCUUGGCAUGUUCGAGGGCCAUACCCGCAGUGUCAAGAUGGCUGCCUUUCGCCCUUCUGACACCAAUGUGUUUGCCACUGGUGCAAGAGACGGUCUAGUGAUUAUGUGGGACUAUCGGUGCUCCCAACCCAACACCACCACCAUUAAACCUGACAACAUCAUAUCCAACGCACACUGUCAGUCAGGAUCAACAGUGAAGAAAACUAAGCGUAAAGAGCCAUCAAGAGCAGAUAGCAUCACUGGUCUUGUGUUUCAAGAUCCAAAUUUUCUAAUUUCCUGCUCUGCUGGUGACGGUCUUAUCAAGGUGUGGGACAUCCGUAAGUGUUACACCAUGUAUCGGAGAUUACCGCAGCCAUGCUACAGUCUGGUCCACCCUGGUACCUCUGCCAAGAACGGUUUCACCAGCCUGUCCGUGGAUCCGGGGGCAGUCAGACUGUUUGCUAAUUGUAUGGACAAUAACAUAUAUUGCUAUAACAUUGCAACUUAUGAGAAACAACCAGUGGCAAAAUACUACGGACAUCUAAACCAAACAUUCUACAUCAAAAGUUCUCUAAGCGUGGAUGGAGAGUACAUACUAUCGGGCUCUAGUGAUGAGCGGGGCUAUGUAUGGCGGGUCAAGCAACCAGGGCCCCCAUUGGCUCAGCUGAUGGGGCACUCAGCAGAAGUGACCUGUGUUGACUGGGCGGCUCCAGCUGACGGAAGUGUCAAGGUAGUGACAUGUGCGGAUGAUGCCUGUCAUCGCUUGUGGCGGCUGUGUCCACCCACCGACAAUGAAAACAAGGACCCUGACCUGGUUGGUUGGACUGAGUGUGCUGACACCACUAUUUCAGCCGAGGGCCAUCCCCUCAGCACCCCUUGCUCACUCAGACGUAUGGUUCGGCGUCAGCAAAUUACACCAGAAAGUUGCCAAGAUGAAAAACGUCAGAAGACAACAGACAGGGUGGUAUUAUCCACUGUACAGCCCUGUUCAGAGAGUAGAGGGGCUCGUCGAUUGUUUGAUGGCGACUCGUCAUCAAGCUGUAAGUUUGGUUUAUAUAUGUAGUUUAAAACAUAAUUG